UUGUUAUCUCGCAUGUGACAUCUCGCGAGAACAUACGAGAUCCAUCAUGGCGGAUUCUGGAAAGAAUAGUUACGAGUUCACAUCUUUGACGACGGAUAGUUCUACACCAGCGGAGUUUUCCUUCGUAACAACAAGCGAAACGGCUUCCUAUGGGUAUUCUGAGGCUCACGUGACUGGCUCCAUGGAGGCAGAUCCAGAGGCUGCCAUAGACAUGGGCUCCAUGGAGGGGACACCUUCCAAGUCAUCAGGCACGUCCACGCGGUAUCGGGGCGCAGCGGGGCAGUUUCUAGACAAGCGAGGCUUCGGGUGGCUGAUGGAAGUGGAUGCAGCGGAUGAUGAUGAUGAUGACAAACCUCUGCUGGAGGAGCUGGACAUUGACUUGAAGGACAUCUACUACAAACUUCGCUGUGUGCUGCUGCCCUUCCCUUUCCUGAACUUCCGCAGGCAGGUUGUACGGGACAACCCUGACUUCUGGGGACCACUGCUGGUAGUGGUGCUGUUUGCCAUGGUCUCACUGUAUGGGCAGUUCAGGGUUGUGUCGUGGAUCAUCACCAUCUGGGUCUUCGGCUCUCUCAUCAUCUUCAUGCUGGCCAGAGUACUGGGAGGAGAGGUGAGCUACUCGCAGUGCCUGGGCGUGAUUGGCUACUCGUUGCUGCCACUCAUCGUUACAGCGUCUGCUCUACCAUUGGUCAGGCCAUUCCACUACGUCAGCCUUUUAGUUAAGUUCCUAGGUGUACUGUGGGCUGCCUACAGCGCUGGGUCUCUGCUUGUUCAUGAAGAGUUCAAGACCAAGAAGCCCCUCCUGAUGUAUCCCAUCUUCCUGCUCUACAUAUACUUCUUAUCACUGUAUACUGGUGUAUAAAUUUGUAACUGUGAUAAUAAUAUUGCACAAUUGCCUGUAAUCCUCAUCUAUUUUUAAAGAUAUAUAGUCUUCAUGUUGCUGUGACUGUACUGUUGUCUUGCUGUGUACCUGUCACAACUCUAAAUCAUUCAAAACUCUCUUUUUUGUUAACAAAUAUGGAUAAUUCACAAUAUGACAAUUAUAUGAUACAGGACUAUGUAGAGAAGUCCUAGAAAGUUGAUGAGGUGAGAGCUACAUUAUGUCCAGCUUAUUUGUCAUAGAUGGUAAAAGAUGUGGUAAUGGGAAAGGUGUGAAAAUGGUGUCAAGUCAAGUGUUUUUCUAGGUUUGGACAAG